CAUCGAAAUUCAUUAACCGCCUUUAUUGUAUGGUAUUGACAAGUUGGAAUAUUAAUUAUCAUGGAGGGGUAUAAAACGGAAACUUGCUCCUUAUUCAAGCACAUUCGAGCUACGUGUGUUCUGAAAAUAAGGUGUUAAAGAUGAAUUCCCACCAAUCCAUCGUCCUCCUAGCUCUCACCAUCACGCUGUGCUCGGCGCACAUCGGGGGUGGUCAGGUCUCGUUCCAGGAUGCCAACCCGCAGGUGUACUGCGGCCGGUCCCUGGCCAGAGCCCUGGCGUUCCUCUGUCCUGAUGACGGAGGCUCCGAGAUCAAGCGCUCCGAUGCUGGUUCCAUGUAUAAUGCAAUUCUACCACCUUACUACAAAGAGCAGGAAGGGUUCGGCUGGCCUUGGCUGGCUCCUCACAAGGCCCGGGGCAUGUCCCUUCCCUCCCGAGGCAAGAGGUUUGUCGUCAACGAGUGCUGCGACAAGGCCUGCAGCCUCAGCGAGCUGCUCUCGUACUGUUAAACAGUAUGUCAAAUGCUGUGUUGCUAGCUGGAAGAAUUUGUGAAGGUCUUUGAGCUCUUGUUGUAGUAGCCUGUUUUGUUAGACUGUGGUUAGGUUUGUGUUAUUCAGUAUUAUUGUUUAAGAAAUUCUGUAAAGAUGGAAUUCCAGCAAAUCUUUACCGCUUUAAUUGUAUAUUGGGGAUGUAAAAAACUUAGCAGAAAAUUGUUUGAAUACAAAAAAUUAAAACCUAAGAAAAUCUCCAAUACAAUUUCUUUCAAGUUUUAUUGUCCUGCUCUUAAAUAUUAAAAUGAAAAGAGCAUUUUAACUGAUAAAUAAUAAAUGUCCCACGUUGGCAACACAGCGGGAGCACUAUUUUUCUAAAUUAUUAUUUCAUCUCGAUGGAU